AUGGCUGCUGAAGUCCAGCCGAUCGCACAGACAAAGUUGCCUGCUCGGCCUUCGUCUUUGACGCCCGAGCAGACUUACUGGAGGUCUUUCAAAUCGCCUUUGAACAUUCCCUCACCGACAAAUAACGCUAUCACUCACAUCUCAUAUCCCGAACCGACCGCAUCAUCCUCACGGUCGGCAGACUUUUUCGUCGUCACCACAGGCGCUCGUGUCCAGCUCUACUCGGUCAAAACACGAAAACUUCUGAAAACCAUCACACGGUUCGAUGACACCGCGUACGGUGCUGAAGCGCGAUACGACGGACGAGUCCUGGCCGCCGGAGAUGAGACCGGGGCUAUUCAGGUGUUUGAUGUCAAUUCCAGAGCCAUCUUAAAAACAUGGAAAGAACAAAAGCAGGCAGUGCGCUGCGUAAAAUGGAGUCCACAGGAAAGUACAGCGCUACUCAGCUGUGGAGACGACAGAACCGUGAGACUUUGGGACCUUCCCAGCGAAUCCAGUGUCGAGACGUUCCGUGGCCACCAGGACUAUGUGCGCACCGGCUCAUUCAUCUCUGGUCAGUCAAACAAUCUACUGGUCUCGGGCAGCUAUGACCAGACGGUCCGAUUAUGGGAUCCGCGUACUCCUAGGGGCGCAGUCAUGACAUUCAAGCACAUUGGGUCGGUCGAGGAUGUUCUAUGCAUGCCGUCAGGGACGGCCAUCCUCGCAUCAGCCGAAAACCAGAUUGCCGUGCUGGAUAUUGUUGCCGGAAAACCCUUGCACAUGAUAAAGAAUCACCAGAAAACAGUCACUUCGUUGUCUCUCGCCUCCAAUGGGUCGAGAGUGGUCAGUGGCGCGUUGGACGGGCAUAUGAAAGUCUUUGAGACAUCUGGCUGGAAUGUGGUUGCAGGGUCAAAGUAUCCUGCGCCAGUCCUCUCCUUGUCGAUUGUUGCUGCGGGAAACCCACGGGAAGACAAACACGUGGUUGUAGGCAUGUCGACCGGCCAAUUGAGCAUCAAGACGCGACUGUCGGGUGAGCAGAAAAUCAAGGAGCGAGAGCGGCAAAAGCAAAUGGAAGCAUUGAUUGCGGGGAAGAUCGAAGAAUAUGACAAGAAGCAGGCCAAGAAGCGGCCCAGAGGACUCGAAAACCGGUUCAGAGGCAGAGAUUAUGCAGGUGAAGAUGCCGACAUUAUUGUGGCGGGAAACGAAAGGGUGAAGCCAAAAAAGCUGGCGUCUUGGGAGAAGGAAUUACACAAAGGGAGAUACCGCGAAGCAUUGGACGAUGCCAUCAAAAACGUGGACAAGAUGACUGUCAUGACCAUCCUCAACACUCUCCGAUAUCGUUCUGCCCUUCGAGCCGCACUUGAAGACCGAACCGAGUCGGAGCUUCAACCGAUUAUGAACUGGACAUGGAGAAAUAUCACGGAUUCCAAUUUUGUGUCAUUAUGCGUGGAAGUUGCCAUGAACAUUAUGGACUUGUAUUCGAAGCAUCUGGCAGAGAGCGAAAGCCUCGCCAGGCAGGUUCAACGUCUUCGGGAACGCGUCCAAGAAGAAGUUGGGCGAGCACAUCAAGCAGGCAUGACAAGAGGAAUGUUGGAACUUUUGAACCCCGAGGUUGCCGCUUGA